CAUGAAAAAAUGGACACAUCCUAUUUUGAUCUGUUGAAAGUCUUAGGCCAGGGAUCAUUUGGGAAGGUGUUCCUGGUACGUAAGAUAAAAGGUAAAGAUGCAGGCCAUCUGUAUGCCAUGAAAGUUCUCAAGAAAGCAACGUUGAAAGUCCGUGAUAGAGUAAGAACAAAAAUGGAGAGAGAUAUUCUAGCCGAACUGGAGCACCCGUUCAUUGUCAGAUUGUUUUAUGCUUUUCAAACCGAGGGCAAGUUGUACUUGAUUCUAGAAUUUCUGAAAGGUGGUGACUUAUUCACCAGACUCUCAAAAGAUGUGAUGUUCACAGAGGAUGAUGUGAAGUUCUACCUGGCUGAACUUGCUCUUGCCCUCAGUCACCUCCACAAACAAGGAAUCAUCUACAGAGACCUCAAACCUGAAAACAUCCUGCUAGAUUCAGAUGGGCACAUCAAGCUGACAGACUUUGGCCUGAGCAAGGAAUCAGUCUUUGAGGAGAACAAAACAUUUUCAUUUUGUGGCACUGUGGAGUACAUGGCUCCCGAGGUCAUCAACAGAAAAGGUCACGAUCAGACUGCUGACUGGUGGUCCUACGGGGUCCUCAUGUACGAAAUGCUGACAGGACAACUGCCAUUUCAAGGUGCUAACCGAAAGGAUACUAUGACUAUGAUCCUCAAAGCCAAACUUGGUAUGCCUCAAUAUUUGAGCCCUGAUGCACAGGCGUUGCUGAGGUGUCUUUUCAAGAGGAAUCCUGUUAACAGAUUAGCAGGAUAUGGACCGAACGGUAUAGAGGAAAUUAAGAAACAGCCAUUCUUCUCAACAAUCAACUGGGAGAAAUUAUUCAUGAAGCAAGUCAGCCCUCCAUUCAAACCAAUGCUCAACAGAGCCGGCGAUGAAUCUUUCUACUUUGAUAAGGCUUUCACUUCAAAAACACCGAAAGAUUCCCCUGGUGUGCCACCGAGUGCAAAUGCCCACGAGCUGUUCAGAGGGUUCAGCUACGUGGCCCCAACCCUGAUAGAGGAGGUCAUGGCUGGCGAGAAGCCCGUCAUUUAUAAUACCAGGUCGCUCGCAUCGCUAACUGAAGUGAAACGUAGAAAUUUUCUUGACGACUACGACUUGAAAGAGGAGCUAGGGUCAGGUUCCUAUUCAAAAUGCCACAGGUGUGUCCAUAAAUUAACAGGGAGAGAAUUCGCUGUCAAGAUAAUCGAUCCAAGCAAGAGGGAUCCGUUCGAAGAGAUUGAAAUCUUACUGAGAUACAGGGAGCACCCGAACAUCAUCAAACUGAGAGAUAUCUAUGACUACAAGAGCCGCAUUUACAUGGUGACGAACUUGCUGAAGGGAGGUGAACUCUUGGAUAGGAUCCUUAAAAACAAAUACUUCUCAGAGAGAGAGGCCAGUACAAUUUUACACGUCAUCGCCAAGACUGUCUACUAUCUUCAUUCAAAAGGGGUAGUUCACCGAGACCUGAAACCAUCCAACAUAUUAUUCUCAGAGGCACAGGCCAACCCUGACAGCUUGCACAUUUGUGAUUUUGGAUUUGCCAAGCAGUUGAGGGCUGAUAACGGUCUUCUGAUGACGCCGUGCUAUACUGCUACAUUCGUGGCGCCAGAGGUUCUAAAAAAGAAGGGCUACGAUGAGGCUUGUGAUGUCUGGAGUCUUGGGGUCAUUCUGUACACCAUGCUUUGUGGCCACACACCGUUUGCAAAUGGUCCAGAAGACACUCCCGAACAGAUUCUGGCUCGAAUUGGAGAAGGUAAACUAGUUUUGUCGGGCGGGACGUGGGACUCCAUAUCAUCUGCUGCUAAGGAUCUCGUGUCUCGAAUGUUGCAUAUUGAUCCAAGGCAGAGGAUAACAAUGCAUCAGGUGCUGACACACCGCUGGAUCAUGAGCAAGGACCAACUGCCUCAGACUCGACUGCCUCACCACGAAGGAGAUACUCAGGCCGUCAAGGGCGCAAUGAAGGCCACCUUCAAGGCCAUAAAUAAUUCACCCGCCCCAAUUCUUGCCCCAGUUGGCAUGUCCAGGUUGGCUCAGAGGAGAGGG